UGAAAACUUCGGGUAUUUCCGUGUCUGUACGGAAUCAGCCGAGAGUACCCGGCUUAUCUAGGGCUCGGGUUACGUGCACGCGCACAAGGGACACCACCUGUACAUCUCGGUGGAAAACAGUGACUUGCAUUUUUUAAGUUACGCAAUCUUUAGGAACAAGCAAAAAUGGCAGACACGGGCAAAGACAUGCUCCUCUAUUGGGGCUCGGGCAGCUCUCCUUGCUGGCGUGUGAUGAUUGUACUGGAGGAGAAAGGACUGUCAGACUGCGAGAAGAAGCUUAUUUCGUUCUCAGAUAAGGGGCACAAAUCGGACGAAAUCCUCAAGCUGAACCCUCGCGGACAGGUUCCAACGUUCAAGUGUGGGGACAUCAUCAUCAACGAGUCAUUUGCGGCAUGCUUGUACCUGGAGGACACCUACAAAUCCCAGGGACCUCCUCUGAUUCCCAGUGAGCCAGCCAGGAAGGCCAAUGUUCUGCAGAGAAUGUUUGAGGUGCCAUCUUUCACCAAGAAAGCAAUGGAAGAUCUUCUGUACUUAUACAUGUUCAAAAAGCCAGAAGAGUUGGACCAGGAAAAGAUGACAAAAAGUAAGGCAGCACUGAAGGAGGAACUGGCAAUGUGGGAGGGAUAUCUAGUGAAAGCAGGGGGAACUUUUCUUGAUGGAGGAGAGUUCACCAUGGCAGAUGCCAUUUUCUUCCCAAGUCUGGCAUUUUUAGUCCGAUGUGGUCUGAAGCUUGCCCCUACAUUCCCCAAGCUGGCUGCCUACUACGAUGCUGUGAGCAAGCGUCCUUCUGUUGAGAAAUCCUGGCCACCCCAUUUUAAGGACACCGAAGGCAAACCCCACCUGGCAGAUGUGUUGUAAAGCCAUAUACAUGCACUUCAGGAGGGGUAUUGAUGUAGGUUAUGCCUUUGGAAUCCAUCUCUACAAUUUUUUUUUUCAUGCAUAUUGCUUGCCAUUGCAUAAAAAACACAUUUUUUGUUAGUACAGAUAGAAGUAUUUGUUGUUCAGUGGAAAAUGAGGAAAAUGAUGGACUACAGUUGUAAACACAAUACAACUUUAAAACUAUUUGUGUAGUUGACAACAUUCUGUAUGUAGGCAUGAUUAAGCAUUAAACUAUUUGUGAGAUAUACAUUUUAUAAAUUCAAAUAUAUCAUUCAAGAGAACAAGCCUGUUUGGCACAAAUUGAUAAUGUAUCAGUGUAGUCAUAGAUUAGUAAGUGUGCUGUUUGUGAUAUACAAAUACAGCAUGACAGCUUUUUUGUUACAGAGCUGUGCCUUUCGUUUGUUUUAACAUAACAUAAAUGUAUCAAAAGUUCUGUUGUAUACAAUAUGAACUGAGCUGUUCCUUUCAUAAGCAAAAUUAAGAAUUCAAGUUCUGUUUUAUUUGAUAUUUAGGUGGAAUAAAGUUGGAAGAUUCACAUUGUAUUAUAAAAGAAAAAAAAUUUAAAACAUCAGGGAGACUAAGGCAUAUUAACCAGUAUGGCUGUCAGUUUUUUUUCUUAUUCUUUUUUUUAAUGCACCUAGUUCAGGGUUAACAGGGCUAAUUAAGCAGUUAAAUGUAUGAAACCAGUUACAUGAAAAUUUUUUAUAAAAUAGACAAAUAUUUGAGACCUUGUUGUGGCAGCAUUAGUGCUGUGACAAAGUAAUAAUUAUGUACUUCUUGGAGCCAGUAAUUAAUACAAAAGGACUUUUUAUAAUCGAUGUCAGGCAUAAUAUUGAAUGUCAUUUGAUAGUUAUUGCUUUAGAUGGCAUUUGGCUUCUUUAAGAAUUUUUUUCCUUUAAUAAUUAUUUAGUUUAAAUGUAAACAGGGAAACAGGGAAGAUGUUGACCUUGUUUGAGGUGUGAUAUGAUUUAUAAUGAAAGCAUUAGAUUCUACAAAAUACAGUAUUUUUCUAUUGCCUAUGCCAAUGAAACAUCUGAUCAGGAUAAUCAACUGUUUUUACUUGUACUUACAGCAGAGCCUUUUCUUUGCAAAGAUUUAUAAUAUACCUAUUGAUCGAAUCAAUAAAAGAGAGCAUAGAAAAAAAU